GACUAAAUGAACGCACUUCAAAGAAGCCACACCUAAUCCGAUGAUGUAGAUGGCUCGAGUAAUCAAAACAUUUGGAGACCGAAAUCAAAAGCCAAUUGGGACCAGCUUAGCCCAGUGGAAUCCACUAUCAUACCAAUCCUACUAGUGCACCAAGUAAAAAUCGACACAUACUCUCUCCUAUACCAAAAAGUGGAGUCCACUAGUUCUCACUCCUCUCCACUGCGAAGCACGCCUCUUAUAUCACUCUUCAGUCGCCCUUUCACAUGAGAAGAAAUCUUGUAUAUAGUUCCAAUCCCCCAUGCAUUUUGGUUACAAAAAUUUCAUCUUUCCUUUGUUCAACUCUUCUGUUUGUGGCUCAAUUUUCAGAAAUGAGUCUUGGAGAUAAUGGGCAACUCUCCAUUGAUAAGCCAACCUCAUUUCUCAAGUUCCUUGAUUGUUUCCUGAGGAUUUCUGCAGUCCCAUUAAGUGUGGCCACCAUUUGGUUGACCACAACCAACCAGCAAGACAACAGCAGCUAUGGGAAGAUAGAGUUCCAAAAUUUCCUGGGGCUCAAGUACAUGGUUUGGAUCAGUGGGAUAUGUGCUGCUUAUGCUUUUGCUUCUGCAGCAUGCACAUUGCUCAAGUUCUUGGUGGCUAAAGCAUGGCUGUUCUUUGCCCCUGACCAGAUCAUAGCCUAUUUGAUGGUCACAUCUGGGGCAGCAGCGCUAGAGAUACUGUAUCUAGCUUACAAAGGGGAUCGAGGGGUCACCUGGAGUGAAGCCUGCACAUCUUAUGGGAGGUUUUGCAGUAAAGUGAAGCUGGCUCUGAUCCUGCAUUUCUUAGCACUUUGCUGCUUCCUUGUUCUGGCAGUAAUAUCAGGCUAUAGGGCUUUUAGCAUCUUUGAGCCUCCGCCUGUUUCGCCUAAAGAAGUGGAAGAAGAGAGAGCUUAAUGCCUGCUUUUACCUUUGACCCUUGGAUGAUGUACUACAUGAGAAGCUACCUUAUAAUAAUAACAGCACAGCCUUUUAGAUCC